AUGGCUCCAUUUAAUAGCAACGAUGAAAAAGCUCAAAAAAUUGAAUGUCCUAAGGAUGAAAAUACUACAAAAUUAAUUCCUAAGAAACCUGUUGGAGAUAGAGAAUUUGAUUUUGAAAAAAAAUGUCCAUUUAAAAAGGUUACAGUGCAUCCAUUAGUUUUACUUAGUGUUGUUGAUCAUUUCACAAGAAUAAGUAAAGUCCAAAAAGUUAAAAGAGUUGUAGGAGUUCUUCUUGGAAGUAGUGGUCCAGGAAAAACGUUAGAUAUAGCAAAUAGUUUUGCUGUACCAUUUGAUGAAGAUGACAAUGGCACUUGGUUUGUUGAUGUAGAUUAUUUGGAAUCAAUGUUUCACAUGUUUUAUAAGGUAGCUGCAAAAGAAAAAAUUGUUGGCUGGUAUCACACAGGUCCAAAACUUUGUAAAAAUGAUAUUGCUAUUAACGAAUUGCUAAUGAAAUACACACCUAAUCCUGUUCUUGUUAUUAUUCAAGCUCAACCAUCUUCAUCAGGUCUUCCAACAGAGGCAUAUUAUCAAUGUCAUGAAAAUCACAAUGACGGGUCUCUACCAACAAAAACGUUUGAGCAUGUAUCAAGUGAAAUUGCUGCUGAAGAAGCUGAAGAAGUCGGUGUUGAACAUUUAUUGAGAGAUAUUAAAGAUCAAACAGCUGGUACUUUAACUCAAAGACUAAAUCAUCAACUUGCUGGUUUGGCUGGAUUAGAAAAAUAUCUUGGUGAUAUUUGUAAAUAUUUGGAAAACGUCAAUUCUGGUAAACUUCCAAAGAAUGAUCAAAUUAACUACAUGAUUCAAGAGGCAUUAAAUUUAUUACCUAAUGUUCAUACUCCAUCAUUUAUAGAAAGUCAAAAUAUUUCAUGUAAUGAUCAAUACAUGUGCAUCUACAUGGGUUCUCUUGUUCGUUCUGUUAUUGCUUUGCAUAAUUUGAUUGAUAACAAAAUUUCAUUGCAAAAAGCAGAGAAAGAUGUUAUGAAUCUACAUGAAACACAAAAAGUUGAAGAUAAGAAAGAGGAGAAGACUGAUAGUAAAGCAAAAGGAAAAUAA